UGGGAUUGAAGUGUGUUUUACUGUUUUUAUUUCGCUGGUGUCACGAAUUUCCGUGAAAAUGACGUCUUUUUCAUCAGCAACUUUGGAGAAGAAAUUAUCUGAUCUUUCCAACACUCAACACAGUGUCCAGACGCUUUCGCUGUGGCUUAUUCACCACAGAAAACACGCUAAAGCGAUCGUACAGUCCUGGUACAAAGAACUGACGAAAGCAAGGACAAGCAAAAAGCUUACCUUCAUGUUCCUGGCUAAUGAUGUACUCCAAAAUGGAAAAAGGAAAGGCACAGAGUUUUUAAAUGAAUUUAAACAUGUCUUAUCAGCUGCGUUUCAGCAUUGUGCACAGGGCGGAUCAGUGGAAGCUAUACGUGGUCUUGAAAGGCUGAUAUCAAUAUGGACUGAGAGAAAUGUGUAUGAAGCAACUUUCUUAGUGAAGCUACACAAGUGUUUGGGUGAGUUUCUGUAUACAGUGCUGGGGAAAACAGUUUUUUUCUUUGCUUUAUUAGGAGAGCCAGAGGAUUUAAUUAAAGCAUUAAUGGAGCUUGAAAACUCAGCUUCACAAGAUGCUGCUGUCAGAGAAAAGAUUGCUAAUUUACCAGCUGAAGUCCAAGAUGUGUCACUUUUAGAAAAAAUUGAAGAUAAAGAAACUGGCGAUCGUCUCUCCAAAAUUGUCGAUGAAGCUUGUUUAUUAUUGGCGGACUAUAAUGGUAGACUUGCUGCCGAGCUAGAAGAUAGAACAACAAUAUCCAAAAUGCUGGCUGCAUUUAUACAGCUCCAGAAAGAUAAACUAGCAGAAUCAGAGAAAAAACUUGAGGAAUACAAGGCCAAACAGGAAAAAGUUCAACUUGUCAGACAAGAGCUCAAAUCCCAUUUAGAAAAUCUUCCAGACCUAACGAAGCUUCCAGAUCUAGCAGGAGGUUUAGCCCCGUUGCCUUCUGCAGGAGAUUUAUUUGCUUCCGGAAAUAAGUCAUGAGAGUAACGAACUUUGUUAAAAAUGUUUGACUGGUAUAUAAUUUAUUAAUGUCUUUAGUACAUUUAAACAAAAAAAACUAACUCCUGGGCUUUUAAAUAUCUGUUAAUUCAAGAGCGACGUCUUAUAAAUACGCGACGUGGAUGGUACAUGUAUAUUUAUAAGGCGGGUAAAAUGUCCCGUGAGUGGUGAAGAAUUAAGAAAACAAAGAAUCACAGGUUUUGUAGGAAAAAUAGAAUUACUCAAUCUGAAUAUUGUUGAAUAAUAAACAGUGACCGGAGGGAAAAUGAUUUCUCGAUCGAAAUUAUUGUUAAACGUAUACAUUUCCUUCACUUUA